AUUCUUAGAAGGAAAAUUAAGCCCAUCUCUUUCUCUUCCCUGCAAAAAAAAAGGACCAAGGGCUACAUCUGUAUCAGAUCUCUGAGCAUGAAGCACUCCUGUCCACUGAAGACAUCCAGAGAGCACCCACAAGCAAGGUGGGACUUUAGGAAUGCAUUGGUCCUCAAACCACACCUGAUGUCUGCCUGUACUGAAAUUUAGUUUAUACAUCUUAACCAGAAAUAGAGAGGAUGUUUCCACCUUUGAUCCUCUAACAAAAAUCUGAGAUCCACUCAUCUUGGCCAAAGAGCAAAAAUCCUGUGAGCCAGCAUCUCCCAGCCUAAGGCAGUGUUUGUACCAAAAGAAGGUAAUGAAGAGGAGCCACAAGGUCCCAUUGCAGUGACUAGUGAAGAGACUCAGAGGGAUUGGAAUUAACGACAGGCUCUCUGUGCUGCCUGAUGUCAGAGCUGAGAAAGGUGUCAAGGAUAUAUAAGAGCCGUAUUACUUGCCAGGAAGGAAGAGGGAAAAGGAUACUCCAGAACUAGAUGCAAGCUUGGAAUUGUUGGAUGCACACUUCUGGCUAACCAAGAGGGCUCACUGGCUUCUCCAGUUAGAUCUGUGACCACAAAAAAAGAAAGUUUGGAAGGAAAGAUGUGCAACCUAAAGCUGUCAGUUUUCUUCAUUGCACUUUCUGUCACUCUGAGCUGUUUGGAAGCUACACCUAUUGAGAGAUUACUGUCUGUGGCUGAUGAUCUAUCUGAUGGUACUUCCAAGAGACAAGGAUGGAUGUUGCCUGUUAUGUCACAGAAUCCACUCUCAGGACUUAGUGAGGAAAUGCCAGAACAACCAGCAGCAAAGACAAAAAGUCACCAGCUGGAGAAGAGGAAAUGCAACACGGCCACGUGCGUGACACAGCGCUUGGCCGAUUUCCUGGUGCGCUCCAGCAACACCAUCGGGGCCGUUUAUUCACCCACAAACGUGGGCUCCAACACAUAUGGAAAGAGGGACACAGCAGGGCUAUUGAGCAGAGAACCCCAGAACCACGCACAGCUUUAGGGUGUUGAGAUGGCUGCUGACACAAGAAGCUCGGUUUUUAAUGUAUCAACAACCUCUUGGUCAUUUAUUACUUGUACAGUCUUACCAGUGCCUUGUUUUCUGUGUGUGUCUGUGGGUGUGUGAUUUAUGUUUAUCAUUCCACUAUGCAUGUGCAAUGACAUGCAUAGGCUAUUCUUUCAACUCCAGAAAUCUGCUUGUUAAAUUCCUUUGUAAAAAUCUAUCGUGAUAAUAAAUGGAAAAGUAACUGCAACAAGGUUUUUUUAAUCAUUAUUACCAUUAUUAUUAUUAUUAUCAUUAUUAUUAUUAUUAAAAGGAUGAAAAAGAUAACCCAUGAUGUGUAUGUCUUUAUAGUCACAGUUUGGUAAGAGAAAGAAAUCACCUUAAUUAAAGAACGAUAAAUAUCAGAAUGCCAGCAAAAGUUAUGUCCUAAUGAAAGUAAAGCAGAAGAGUCUUCUGGUUUGAAACA